AUGAUCGUCUGGCAGAAGCUGAGCGCGGACGCUGGCACGAGCACACGACACAUGGAUGACAUUGACACGAUGACUGGUACCUGGAUCCAGUACAUCUGCGGUCACGCCGACUCGAGUGCACGACACAUCCAUCCAACACCGCCCUCUCCGACGAAGACCCCGUCAAGGCAAGAUCAAUGUAAGGUCUCCGUGGAGUCUAUCGAUAGAAGGUUAGUGUUCGACAAAAAAUUCCGCUACCGCAACACCUUCGGUAUCGCUGUUAUUUCCUCGUUUUCAGGACGAGUGAGCCUCAUGAGUGACGCUCGCAAAGUGUUUGAUUGGCGUCCUCCUUGCAAGCGUCGGACUCCGAUCUCCAUGGCACAUCUUGGUGGGGUCUAUUACCAGACUGUCUCCGCCAUCGCUCAGUCCCAGGAGGUCAUGGUGUCCUUCCCUGUGUCGAAACGGCCGUUCGGCCGUCUAGAGCUGAACGAGAGCGACCGUCGGCGCUUCCACUUACAAGCCACCGAGCUGCUGGGCGACGCACUAAAAGAAUAUGAAGAAUUCGCCCUCAUCCGCCACCGCCAGAUAGACCGACGUCGCUGGAAGCCAGUCAAGAACCAUGAGAACAUCGCAGUGUAUCGCGAGUCGCGCUCGUACGCCGUCAGCCGCUCGCUUAGUAUUGAAGACGAAAAAACGUUCGCGAGGGCUGCCGCCAUGGCCCCCGUCUCGUCAUCGGGACACCGACGCGUUUCUCGGUCCAGUUCUAGCUCUGGCGGAUCCGGCUCAGGCUCCAUUUCGACGAUUCGUGAGCUCCCAGCCCACCAAGCCACGGAAUUGGAGCUUCUCACUGGAUGGGGCCCCACAGCCACGGAGGCCCGAGAGCACAAGAAACGAAGUAAGAGCAGAUCGAUCAGUGCGGUCGGAAGCUUGGAGCAGCUCCCGACCUUGUUAGGAGUCGGGAAUAUUGUCGGCUCACUUGACGAUGUCAUGUACGGCGUGGCCGCCCAGGACUGCGCCAGUAUGGCACUCAAGAAUGCCUGUAUGUCUGAGGACGCGCUGGAUGGAGAUGUGCUGUGUGCUAUUGAAGGCCCAUCCGAGCGCAGCCCGUUCCGGUUCCUCGGCAUCAAGUGGCUGGUCCAUUCCAUGACGGGAACAACGGCUAAGCACAAACUGACAUCACUAAGGGACCUAGUUUACCUCGAAGCGACUGGUGUUAUCACACGUGGCGACGGCAUUAGAAUCGGCUACCAGAUCAUGCAUUCGGUCAACUUACGCGGCUGUACGGAGCUUUAUGAUUCUCAUGGCGUUAUUCGGGCAAAGUGCGAAAUCGUCCACUUGUUUGUCGAGCUCGACAGUAGGACAGUCGACGUGUUUCUCAAGUCUAAUGUGACGCCCAAAGGCAAAGUUUCUGAGUCUGGUGCGCUACAGACCUGCGCGAAUUCAUUGCUGUACUGCGGUAGGUCCGUGCAGUGCUCACGGGACAAGAAGCUCGCGUGGUUAUUGCAGUGCAACCAAAACGCAGACAAACAAGACAACAACGGCAAGGCCGCGCGUUGCAAAAUUUGCAACAAGUCUUUUGGUUUUCUUCGACAGAGUGUACAGUGCAAGUUGUGCUCGGGUGCGAUGUGCUCCAAAUGUGCCGUCGAACGCACUCUAAAGAGCGUGGAUGCAUCAGGCAACAAGCGCCACGUGGCCAAGUUUGUCUCGACGAGUGUCAUCGAGCUAUGCACGAGCUGCAUCGCGACGAACAGGCAGACAAGUGCUCUGGCAAUUGCGAGAGAAGAAGUCGUGGCUGGACGCUUUGGACCCGUUCCCCUCAAACGUGGCAGCAACCACUCGAGUGACUCCGUUGGUACCAUUUGCAUCGACGAUAUUCCAGGCCAACGCGAGCAUCACGCACGUCCUCCACUUCAAUCGGAGAGCGACUCGAAAAGAGGUCAUCGUCCUCAGGAAGGACGGAGAAGUCAUCGCAGCCAUCGCGAUGAAGCUCAACCGGAAGCUGAUCCGGUUUCUAGACGUGGACAUGCACCGCCGUCGUCAAAUUCGAGCCAAACGCGCGAGUUACCGAAGAUCAGAACUCGAUCUGGAAGUCGCCACGAGCCUGUACCAAUCCCAGGACGUCAGCCACCCUUCAGAAGAGGGCUUUCCGCUGAGUCGCACUCCGCAGAGGACCGCUACCAUGAGCGCUAUAUGCAACGCGAGAUGGUCUCCGGCAACAAGCAUAAACCCGUAUAUGGCAGUGCUCCCGUGGAGCUUGACAACUCUGGAAGAGGGAGUCGUGGUCUGCCGGUGAACUUGAGCGAUCUGGAGGACCCACUGCCAUACACUCCGAGUAAAGAGAGCAUUAGAAGGACCACAAGCUCGAGUGACAGCAGCUUUGAAAGCAUCCAAGUAUCGGGCAUAUCGUCACUACGAUCGACCGCGCUAGAACCUGAAGCUGAGAAGGAGGAGGAGGAAUUUCGUGACACGUUCGACAGUUUUGGUGACCUCAUCGAUAUCCGUGACGACGUGGACGAUGUGGUCGAAACUCUGGAUACCAAAGACAUGGAAGCUGUGAAGCGAGCAUCUCAAGUUAACCGCAACUUGUGGCAACAGAUUGCCGAUCUUCGUAAUACUGCAGAGAACACCUAUCAGUACACAAAGGAAAGCACAGCGAUGCACAUGACUCAAGGCGGGUCCGUGCGACCACAACCACGUCACGACUAUUAAGCAAAUCCAGAUCAGGAAACUGAAACAAAUGGCAGUCGCCUAUUUACUGGAAUACAAAAGUUUUGAAUCGAACUUUUACAUAA